UCUUGCGCUGGAGAGACGUGAGGCCGAUACGCGGACAACGCAAAGGCCACUGUACGUGUCGUUCGUUACCCGCCGAAACGGUACCCUCCUCCUCCAACCCACACCCAAUCCGCUCCAGCCUCCAGCUCACCGUUCACCGCCCGCCCACCGCCACGCGCGCGACAUGAAGGGCGCUGCAGGGUCGCGCUCGCGCGAGCCCGGGGACGUCGACGUGGAGCUGCUCAAGGCGGUGGCGCAGGCGUGGUACGCGCAGUCGGGCAACCCGCGGCCGUCGUUGCGGGCCUCGGGGACGGGCGCGGACGACGACGUCGCCGGCGCCGGCGCGCGAGGCCGCGCGGGCGCCGCGCCGCGCCGCCCGUCUCGGUUCAAGCUAGAGGCCAUGGCGGCGGCCGCGGCAUCGGACGCCGCCCGGGCCCGCGAGAGCUCGUGGGACUUCGCGCAGUCGCUGUUGGACACGUACGAGCUCGUCGCCGUGGCGCGGAGGCUCGAGUCCGUCCUCGACGUCGCCGGCCACGACGCCGCCGCCGCCGCGCCGCAGGAGGGCGGCGCGCGGGGAGCGGGGACGCGGCGCAGGGAGAGCGCCCGCAGCCUGAGGAACCUGUUGCUUCGCUCCACGUCAAGGAGGUUCCAGGAACCAAGCAGCUAGCGUGCUCUCACCUCUCAGUCACUGUAUAUGGCUAAAUGUUAUCAUGAGAUUUAAGAGAAAAAAAACUUCGCAGUUCACAAGUGAUUACUCAAUGCAGCUCAAUGCUUCUAGAAUUAAAGUCCUUCAAGCUCAGGAUGAUUUGGUAACAGAUAUGUUGAAGUCAGCAAGCAAAGAGCUACUGCGCAUAAGUAGAGAUCACCUCACUUACAAGAAGCUUCUCAAGACACUUAUUGUUCAGGUAAGCAGAACAUAGUUUGCAUUCUUCUCUGCGAAUAUGAAGCGUGAACUUGGUGCAGCUCCUGCAAGCAAUAGCUCGUUUUAACUGAACGCAGAGAACAAAUGUUGCAAGAAAAACAGGUUCUUUCUGUUGUGCUGUGUAUUCCAUUUUGAGCUCAUUUCGUGGUAGCUAUGGACUGACAGUCUGUUAGAGUUCUCAUUGCUGGAGAUAACACCAAUCCAACCAAGUUGAAUAUUGCUGAAAAUUGGCUGUUUUGGCUAGAUAUUUCAGAUGAUAUAAGACUAUUCAGUUUUCCAUAAAAAAAGUUGAUGGUUCUGUU